AAGUUAUUUUUUUUCUCUUUCUCACUUGAAUCGAAUCGAGAGUUGAGUGCAGCUGCUUUACGAGUAAUUACCUAGUUUUGGACGGAAUGCAGAAGUUAAGCAAAACCUCUACGAAGAUAUUCAAAGAAGGGCAAUGACGACUAGAGAGUGCACUACAGGAGAGCAUCAAACGCUCCUGGAAGAUGAAGACAGGUAUCAUUCGGUGCAGUGGGAGGAUGCUGGUCAUCAGAUCAAGUGCAUGAAGCAAGAAGACUGGGAAGAAACAGGCUCUCAAGAAGACAAGAACUUAUUUCCUGGGCCUGGUAUGAGCCAUGCUUCACAAUCUGCAAUAGAGCAAAAUGUCAUCAGUAGUUUGGACACUCCAGUGAUCACACUCGAAUGUCAGGAACAGGCACGAUUAGGCUCUUUGACUGAGGAGGGUGGUUAUUCUAACAUCAGUAGUUUGAACACUCCACUGCUCGCCCUCGAAUGUCAGGAACAGGCACAAGAAGGCUCUUUGACUGAGGAGGGUGGUUAUUCUAACACCACCAACCCUGCAGAAGCUCGAUGUGAAGUCUCGGUCGACCGUCCUCCAAGAACCACCAGAGCCACCGAAGAACAUGGUGAAGAUCAUCGUGAAGCAACGACUGAACGUACAGAAGAUAUCCAGAAGCCGUUUCCAUGCCCCGAGUGCCAUAAAAGGUACAUUCGUAAACAUGACCUAAAAUUGCACAUGAAGUACCACACUGGGGAGGAUCUUCACCCGUGUGAGGAGUGUGAGAAGAAGUUUCAUUCCAAGUGUGUCCUCAGGAAGCACAUGAAAUUACACACAGGCGAAAAGCCCCAUGUUUGUUCAGUGUGUAGCUUCGGGUUCUUGAGAAAGAGUACCCUCACAGUACACAUGCGAAGGCACAAUGAUGAGAAGCCAUUUCAGUGCCGUCAAUGUCCGAAGAGAUUUAUCGUAAACAAUGAGCUUACAAGCCAUGUGAAGCACAAGCAUGGUGGGGUAGGGGAGCACAAGUGUGGUUAUUGUAGUAAGAGGUUCUUUUCAAGAAGUGACCUCAUUAUACAUGAAAGAACACACACCAACGAAAGGCCGUUUCAAUGUUCGGAGUGUGGUAAAAAGUUUCGUUCAAAGAGUUGCCUUACUGUACAUAGGCGAUUGCAUAAAGGAGAGAUGCUUAAAGGAGAGAUGCAGAAAGGAGAGAUGCGUACAGGAGAGAUGCUUAAAGGAGAGAAACAUCAGUGUCCCGUCUGUAAUAAGACAUUCAGUCAGAAGUGUUACGUCAGUGUGCACAUGAGAAUCCACAAUGGAAAGCCGCAUAGGUUCCCUCACUUCCUCAGGGGGUUACUCACCAAGUCUGAUCUUGCGCAACAGGUUCGAGCGCAAAGAGGCGAAGAAACGUUUUCGUGCACCAAGUUACUCACCAAGUCCGAUCUCGCGCAACAGGUUCAAGCGCAAAGUGGGGAAGAAACGUUUUCGUGUACCAAGUGUCCUGAGAAAUAUUACACAAAAUCAGAGCUCUCAAAACAUUUCCUGUAUCACCAGACGAAAAAGCUUCGGUGUGGUAAGUGUGAUGAGGUAUUCACGUCAGAGGCUCGUUUUGCGCAGCACAUGAGGAGUCAUACAGAAAAGUUUAUGUGUGGUACGUGUGAUAAGGUUUUCACGUCAAAGGGUCGUCUUGCCCAGCACAUAAGGGGCCAUACAGAAAAGAAGUCUCACUUGUGUGCUGUAUGUAAUGAAAGUUUUAAGACGAAGGCCAUCCUUUUGCAACACAAACAAACGCAUACCAGAGAAAAACGGUUUGCGUGUCCGGAAUGUGGUAAGAAAUUUCCAAAGAGGGCAAGGCUGGCUGUUCACAUGAGGACUCACACUGGUGAAAAGAAUUAUAAAUGCUCACAAUGCGACAAAGCAUUUAGCAUAGCCGGUAACCUUGAGAGACAUAAGCUUACAGUACAUACCGGUGUCAAGGCUUUUUCUUGUCCCUUGUGUGAUGUCAAGUUCACUGCUAAAUGGAGUUGCGAUGCCCACAUCGUGAAAUUCCACCCCGAAAAAUGUCUGUAUGAGUGUUCCGAAUGCAGUCGGAAAUUCCUCACAAAGGGUUCCCUCGAGGAUCACAUUUUGAGAGUACAUGGUGAAGACACUGAUCCACACAAAUGCAAAAGGUGUGAUGAGAAAUUUGCUACAAUGGGCAGUCUACGUGAACACGCUUUGAGAAUACACCCGAAAAGGCCGAAUGUUGAGCGUAACCAGUGCUCCGAUUGUGAUAAAACCUAUUCUUCAAAGCAAGGUCUUCUUGCUCAUAGAUGGAUGAUCCACUCAGAGGGAAAGUUACCUGAGUGUGGGGAAUGUGGAAAGCGAUUUAAGUCGAAAGCUUCCCUGCGGUACCACCAAAGAGUCCACAGGGGUGAAAAGCCUUUCCAUUGUCCCGAGUGUGAUGCGAGGUUCCAUCUGAAGAACAUCCUCAAUAACCACAUGAAGAUCCACUCGCUGGAGAAACCUCACCACUGCCCCGACUGCAGCAUGAGAUUCAACUCUGGGCAUAACCUUGCAAGGCAUCGUAAGAAACACACAGGUGAGAAGUCCUUUCAGUGUUCCAUUUGUGGCAGAAUGCUGGGAAGGAAGCAGGCUCUUAAUGAACACAUGAUGACGCACACCGGGGAGCGACCGUUCUGGUGCCAACAUUGCGAUAAAGGUUUUGUUUCAAAGACGGAACUUAGGAGGCAUUUAACGAAACAAGCGAGUGCACAGCCACAUCCGUGUCCUAAAUGUACAGAGACCUUUCCUUAUAAGUGCAGCCUUAAGAAUCAUAUAAAAAUGAUGCAUUGACGAAAUCUAUUCCAGAUUGGAACCAGUUUUGGUGCCAACAUUGCGAUAAAGGUUUUGUCUCAAAGACGGAACUUAGGAGGCAUUUAACGAGACAAGCCAGUGCACAGCCGCAUCAGUGUCCCAAACGUACAGAGAGAUUUCCUUACAAGUGCAGUCUUAAGAAUCAUAUGAAAGGGAUGCAUUGACGGAAUCUAGUCCAGAUUUGAACCAGGGGGUGUUUCACAAAGAUCCCAAGUUGGACUUAACAAUUAUGGAAAGCUGUUAGCAUGUUUGAAAAUAUUUUGUAAAAGUUAUUUUAGAAGGCAUAUAACGUUGAAUCGUACUUUCUAUUGUCAAGGAGAUUUCAUGUUCUUGAUGUGGAAUUUAUGAAAAGUCUAAAAUACUUGAGUUUUUGUUUUUGAAUAUAUUUCAUUCUAAGGCUACGAAUGGCUGUCCAUGAAUUUUAAGUCCAACUUAGAGUUAAGUUCGACUUGGGGCCUUUGUGAAACACCCCCAGGGGCUUGUUUCAUGAAGCCGUCAUAAGUACAAGAUCAAUUUCAUCCCAAUGCUUUUGUUCGACUUGUCUGCUGAGUGUUUCACAAAACUGUUUUUGCAACUUCCCUUCAACAGACUUGUUGCGACUCCAAACCUGUCAUAUCUUUUUAGAACGCCAUCUGAUCUCAAGGCAACUUUAAGCUGGUCUAUGGGCAGCAAAGAAAAUGAAAACUGGAAAUUUAUUUUCACAAUUACUUCUUGAUCUUCAAGCUCUCAUUUCGCCGAUCAGUUCUUUUGGGUGUUAACCAGUUGACAUCUAAAUUCUCUCAUUGCCAUAGACUUAAUACGGGAGUUAUCCGGUUCCCGUUGGCAAUGUGUUAAUAUAAAAGCAUUAUAUUCUUAUAAAGUGUUAAUGCCUUGUAAAUAUAAUAAACAUUAUUUGUAGAAGUAUGUACAUCGGUCUACCAUAGAAAAGUUACCAAAGAUCGAACAGUCUGUAUUUCCAGACCCAUGAGAUUGAGGACCAUUUUUUGUUUAGGCAUUUCUCUAGAUAGUUUACUUAUAUCAAGCAUAAACUCAAUACAAAUCAUGUCACAGUAUUAUUGGAAAAAUAUAAAAGCUGUGAGCCAUAAAAUAUCUUUUUUUCAUUAUGUUCUUAACUAAACAAUUUAAUCAGGGUCUUCUUUAGAUUAGAAAUGAGUUAUGGUAUCCUCUUACUUGCAAUAUUGUAUUCGCUCGUCGCCAAAGUUACCUCAAGUUUUGCCAUUUUUUAUAAAUUCUUAGAUGUUAAAUUAGGAAGGUAGGAUUUAGGAACACAUGUUUUCAUGCAAACUACAGUGUGUAGGUGUUUGUAUCAUUUUGUGCUACCAUUCUUUUACAUUUUUACUUUUUGAAAUAUAGAUUCAUUUGAAUAUACA